AUGGGUAGAGAGAUCCAGUCACCAGGCACGCACGCCGACAAGAUGCUCCCCCAGGCCUGCCUCCAGGGUGGGGCUCGCCCUUACAAGGGCCUCUGUCCUAGAGAACAAGGCUACAGGGUUGAGCGGAUGAAGGAAAAUAUUGAACCCCUGAUGGCAGUGGAUGCUGGGCUGACAUUGGUUAAGAAAGACUUGGAGCACAGCUUCAUAUUUGACAUCAGAACCAUUGACCGCAUCUUCUACCUGGUGGCCGACACAGAAGAAGACAUGAAUAAGUGGGUUCGCCACAUCUGCGACAUCUGUGGUUUUAACCCUACUGAUGAUGAUUCUUCAAAAGCCGCUCAUCCGUCAGUCACCGGGGGGCAUGUGGUGAAUAUCCCUCCACACCCAGCUAACAUUGAUGGUCUAACAGCAUCGGUGCUGUCUGGUGUACCACCUCCCUACCAGCCAGUUAGUGUGCGACACCUGGAGUCUCAGUCUAGCUCGGAGGAGCCACAGGAUUACCUUUGGCUUGCCAAUUGUGAGAGCAAAAAGCCUGUGCCCAACAGCUCAGUGGAGUGUCGGCCUCCACUGGAGGAGAACCAGGAGUAUUUACUCCUGGAGGAGUGUGAGAGCAAGUCUCAACAGGCUAGUCUAACCCACGCUGAAUGCUCCAAAUCUACCUCUUCAGAGACAGACCUGAAUGACAACCUUCCAUCUCACCGCAUGCCUACGUCCACCACUUCCUUGACUAAGCACACGUCGCACAAUGGUUUCUUCCAACAGCACCAAACUCCAGCUUCUGCGCCUUCCUUUUAUGACUCACCCCCCUCACGUGGCGCCUCGCUCUCAAACGAGAGCAGCAUCUAUCACCUCCCUCGCAGCCACUCGCAGGACACUGUGCUGCUUCCCAAGUCUGCCUCCUCACCUCCGGCUCAUCCGGACACCUCUGACCUUUACGUCUUCAACACGCCCACCAGAAUGGCCUCGAUGGAGACACAGAUGCGCAAUCUUUCCAUUAGUUACGACAUCCCGCCCACACCUGGGGCGAACUCUACGUACCAGGUUCCUCGCACACUGUCAACAUCAGCAGGGUUGGGAGGCUCAGAGAGUGCGGGAGAUGUACCCCCUCCAAGGCCACCUAAGCCUUUGCUCAGUUCCACCUCAGGACUCCCACCACCCCCUGCUGAACGCUCACCUACGGACACCUAUUCUGUUCCUCGCUCAGCCUCGGAGACGGAUGGAAAUUAUUGCGUGCCAACUAGUGCUGGGAGCAAGGCUUUACGUAGCAACACUAUUGGCACUGACGACAGUUCACGACUCCGUAAAGAUUUUGGAUCCCAGGACUGCUAUGACAUUCCUCGAUCAUUCCCCUCAGACAAAAGUUGCUCUUUUGACUUCAAUGAAAACUUCAACACCUAUUUAGAAAACCUGCUCCGCUGGAGAUCAAACCCCUACCAGAAUGGGAGGAGCCCUGCGCACCUGUCCGCUCACCAGUCACACGGUCAUUCACUCGAGAUCUCUCUAGGUUUCCAAUGCCAGCGAGACCCCCGUCAGUGCAUAGCACGGCCUCCAGCACUGACUCUGAGGAAUAUGCUGAGAAUUAUGUAGACAUGGACCCUAAUAUACCCACAGAUGAACCAAUAAUGAAACCUGCAGCACCUAUGCCUACCGAUGGUGGGAGUAGCCCUAUGGUAAAACCAAAGGGGGACAAACAGGUGGAGUACUUGGAUUUGGACCUUGAAUCCGGCAAAUCUACUCCACCUCGGAAGAUGAAAAACGCCAGAACUGACAAUAACGCAGCAUCAGAAGAGCGUGUGGACUACGUAGUUGUGGACCAGCAACGAACGCAGGCUCUCAAGAGCACCAGGGAGGCUUGGAGUGAAGAUCGCCAAUUAACAGAGAUGGACACCCCCUCCAAAGUAUCCAAAUGAACUUGGGUUCUUGACUACCAACCCACGUUUCAACCCCCCGACCUGCUUGGCCUUUGUCAGUAGUGUAAGCACUGGAUUGUGCUUUGAGGCUGUCCUGUUGUACCUCAAAUACAGGAGCCAGGGGUCCAGAGCCACCUGUCUGACUUUAGCUUACACUGCUGUGGGGUCUGUGAGAGCAGGGGAGUGGGCCAGGAAUAAGCUUUACACAUUAUGAAGGCAGUUUGAAAUUAUUAGACCUGUCUUCAUGGAGCAGUUUGACUUAAGCAGACUUACGAACUUUGAACAUUUACUGCCUCUGACACGAAUAAAGGGCUGAUCCGGCAUUAACCUUUCUUUAAAUUGUGAAGUCGCUUGGUGUUGUGUUGAGGUGUAAAUGAAAUCGAUAACAUAGUCAAAAUGAUUUGUCAAUGUCGCACUACUAGGUAGCACAACAGGUUAACGAGAGUUUAUUUUGAUUUUAUUUUUAUUUUUUUUCAGUUUCUGCUGUUUUUAUCUGGGC